AUGGCAAACAGCAGUCCGGAACCUCACCUACUUAGAGUUUGCAACACGUGGUUGACUAAUGGCCGAGCAGCAGCAGAAGCGACUAUUCUAGUAACUGGAGGAGCAGGGUACAUCGGUAGCCAUACAUGCGUCCAGCUGCUGCAUGAGGGCUACAGAGUGGUUGUGGUCGACAACCUGGACAAUUCAUCGGAGCAAGCCGUGAAGAGAGUGGCGGAGCUCGCAGGCGAGAAUGGCAGGAACUUGCAAUUCUUCAAGGUUGACUUACUUGACAAGGAGACACUUGAAGAGCUCUUCAAUCAAAUUCAUUUCGACGCGGUGAUCCACUUCGCGGGGCUGAAGGCCGUUGGAGAGAGCGUCAAGUUCCCGCUCAAGUACUACCAGAACAACGUCACCGGCACGCUCAACCUGCUGGAAGUCAUGAGCGACCACGGCUGUAAGAAGAUCGUGUUCUCUUCGUCAGCCACGGUGUACGGCCAGCCGAAGCAGGUCCCGUGCACGGAGAACGACGAGCUGCAGACGCUGAACCCGUACGGCCGAUCCAAGCUGUACAUCGAGCGCGUGCUGGAGGACGUGUACGCCUCGGAUGCCACGUGGAGCAUCGUGCUGCUGCGCUACUUCAACCCCGUGGGCGCGCACCCCAGCGGGCGCAUCGGGGAGGACCCGCGCGGCAUCCCCAAUAAUCUGAUGCCGUUCAUCCAGCAGGUGGCGGUCGGGCGACGGACGCAUCUCUCGGUGUUUGGGAGCGACUAUCCCACACGUGAUGGAACCGGGGUGCGGGACUACAUCCACGUCAUGGACCUUGCUGCAGGCCACGCAGCAGCACUGAGGCGAAUAUUCAUGUGCCAGGCUGGAGGUUGUGACGUGUACAACCUGGGCACAGGCAAGGGCACCACAGUGCUGGAGAUGGUGGCUGGAUUCGAGAGGGCAUGUGGCCAGAAACUUCCCGUGAAGUUGUGUCCUAGACGGCCAGGAGACUGUUCUGAGGUCUUUGCAUCCACAGACAAGGCACAACAAGACCUUGACUGGAGCGCUACACGCACUGUAGAGGACAUGUGCCGCGACCAGUGGAACUGGGCGCGGCAAAACCCAAUGGGGUAUGCAGCAGACGAAGAUAGUGAGGAGGGGGAGGAGAGUGGAGCAGGAAGGGAUGCACUUCUUAGGCUGCGCUUGAGUUCUUCUGCUUGGCGGCUUAUGUCAGCAACGAUGGUGGGAACCGUGCGCUAUGUCCUGCUUCUAGCCCUAGUCUCGCUUAUCGUCGUCCCUUUCGUUCGCGCGGACGAUGACGGAUUCGAUAACACCGUGCAAUCCGAUAAGAUCGUCGAUGAUGCCUCGGAUAAUAUCUUGGGAUCUACGGAGGUGAAUCAUGUCCUCUCCAAGCUUCCCGCCAGCCACCCGCUGCUCGGCGCGCUGCGCAACCCGGCGGAACACUUCGCGCGUUUCAUCCACCGUUUCAACAAGUCGUACGCGGCGGAUCUCCACCAGUACCGCGCGCGCCUGCGCAUCUUCCGCGCUAACCUCCUCCGCGCGGCGCAGAUCCAGCUGCAGGACCCUUCCGCGGAACACGGCGUGACUCCCUUCUCAGAUCUCACCCCAGAGGAAUUCGCCAAGACGCAUCUUGGCCUGCUGCCCGUGGAUUCCGAGCGGUCCGCGCGCAGCGCAUUUCUGGAGAGCCUGAAAGCGGAGGGACGACUGGAGCGGUCUGAGCUGCCGACGGGGGAUCUUCCGGAGCAGUUUGAUUGGCGCGAGAAGGGCGCGGUGACGGGCGUUAAGAAUCAGGUACGUUCGAAUCGGGAAAUUUCUAUUGGGACCUGGUUCAGAGAUAACCAUCGGGGGGAAGAGGGCAUGGGGAUCGGGUUUGGCGCGAGAAGGGAACGGUGGAGGGUGUCAAUCCGUCGGCCCAUCCUGCUGCAUCUCGCUCUUCGCCCUUGUCUCUCCCGCUCCAUCCAGGGCAUGUGCGGUUCGUGCUACGCGUUCAGCGCCGUCGGCGCGUUGGAGGGGGCGCACUACUUGCAACCCCCUCUGUCAAUUCUGACCUCUCCUGCUCCGCCUCCCCUUUCCGCGCUUGCUUGCGCCGCCUCCUUCUUUUCCCACCUCCUCCCCACCCAGGGCAUGUGCGGGUCGUGCUACGCGUUCAGCGCCGUGGGCGCGUUGGAGGGCGCGCACUAUCUGGCCACGGGCGAGCUCAUCAGCCUCAGCGAGCAGCAAAUCGUCGACUGUGACCAUAACUGCGACCCCAAGGAGAAGGAGGCGUGUGAUUCCGGCUGCGGUGGUGGGCUGAUGAACAACGUGUUUCGCUAUAUUCAGAAGGCCGGGGGGCUGCAGACAGAGCAGGAGUAUGGCUACACUGGCAGGGAGGGGCGCUGCCAGUUCGACGCAGGGCGCGUGGCAGCGAGAGUAGAGUCGUUUGUUGAGGUGCCUGAGAAGGACUAUCAGAUGCAGGCACACCUGGUCAAAUACGGCCCGCUGGCAGUUGCUCUCAACGCCGACUGGAUGCAGUCAUACGUGAAAGGCGUCUCCUGCCCUCUCCUCUGCAACCGCCAUGCCCUGAACCACGGUGUGCUCAUGGUGGGGUAUGGGUCACACGGAUUCUCCCCUGCCCGCCUGCGCUACAAGGACUAUUGGGUGAUCAAGAACAGCUGGGGCAGCGCGUGGGGCGAGCAGGGGUAUUAUAAGCUGUGCCGGGGCAAGGACGAGUGUGGGAUCGACUCAUAUGUGUCUGCUGUGGUGGCUGUGAAACCUGCAGCAGGGGUAGCGACUCAGUAA